AUGGAAGCUCUCUUGUCACUCGCUUUUGACAACCUCUCCUCAUACGACGGACCCAAGAUUCGCAAGGGCUUGCGCCAAGUAGAGGGCCUCCUGGCACAGAUUUGCCUAUCUAACGGGUCUUCAGGCCGAGGACGGUCCACGUCCACGUCUUCGCCUACGCCUAACGAUUACGAAGAUGCAUCCGGGACUUCGCCUCGCAAAGAUCUUGCCCAGCUCACCCAGGACCCGGCCUUUCGAGAAUUUUUCAAACUCCAGGAGGGAUUCGAGUGGAACGUUGCCAUGCGUCUGGUUGGCACGCUGGAUCGGCUCAUGGCAAAGGGUAGCGAUGGCCAGAAUGACUUGCUGAUUCUCAGUGCGCUGGACCUGAUCCAAGGCGUCACCCUGCUGCAUCCUCCAAGCAAGUCGUUGUUUGCACGAGAGCAGAACAUGAAUUCAGCCACCCUCCUGACCCUGGUAGUCGCUCUCAUCGACACUCCGAACAACACUCGCACUUUCGAAGGGCUUGAUGGCCUCCUGACCGUCACAUCUCUCUUUAAAUCUCGAUCAACCUCUCGUGAGGUUAAGCUAAAGCUCGUCGAAUUCCUCUACUUCUAUCUUAUGCCCGAGACACCCUCCGCCCCCCGCGCUGACCAGCGAGAGUCUGUGUUCCACCGCAGUCCUUCAAAGCUUUCUGGCGCAUUCCACGUCGAUGCUAAAAACGGACGCAAGCGUGCCAACAGCAACGGGGUCACGACUUUGACUACUGCAGAGAAACAGCAACUUCUGAGUCGCCACCUUAGUAGCGUGGAAGACUUGGUCAAGGAUCUGAGAAACUGCGCACCAUUCGGUGGUAUUGUAUGCUGA